UUUUCUUUUUUUUUUUUUAUUCAUCUUUCUUUUAUAUUAUACCAGUUGAUGGCACCUUUAAUAACUACCCGACAUGAUGAUUAUAUUGAACUAUCGAACACGAUAAAUGAAGAUGACGAACCUCCUGAUAUACGAUUACAACAAAACCAACAAGAACAACACCAAUUACAGCUAUACCCUAUGCGACAUAAACAUAGUAACUCUCUUCAUCGUGAUAGUAUGGAAGCAUUGUUAGAGGAAGCAAACCAAUUGACUCCAGCAGAAGACACCAUCACAAAACUGACUAUAGUCAAAACCUCUCCAAAACAUUUGGUCUUUCAGUCUCUGCCUUCUUUGAUAGUCUCUCUUAUUGGUCUUAUUGUUGCUGGUGUACUUAUGGAUGAAUAUCAGCAUUGGGAUGUCUUCCUUCGAACUCCAGAACUUUUUAUUUUAUUACCUAUUCUAUUGAACCUGAAAGGCAAUUUAGAAAUGAUACUUGCUUCAAGAUUCUCUACAUCGGCAAACAUGGGUGAUUUAGAUUAUGGUCCAGUUCGAAGGUCUCUUGUUAUUGGUAAUUUAGCAUUACUCCAAGUUCAAGCCUUGAUUGCAGGCGCAGUGGCAGGCUUGGCUUCUUUUGCAUUAGGUCUGAUGACUCGUCCUGACAGUACUAGUUCUUAUCAUGAAUGCGUUUAUAUGACUUCAAGUUCCAUGGUAUCUGCUUCUUUCUCGAGUGCUAUUUUAGGUGUUUUUAUGUGUGCAUUGAUUCUAAUUUGUCGACGAUUCAAUGUAAAUCCUGAUAAUAUUGCAUGUCCUUUAGCUUCUGCAACAGGUGAUAUAGUGACUUUGAUUCUUUUAGCUGGAUGUGCGGUGGUGCUUCAAGGCCAAAUGGAUUCUCUUUUAAGUACGUUUGUCUUUUUGGUGAUGCUUACAUCUGUACCUCUAUUUGGAUUGAUAGUAUGGAAAAACAAACAUGCAAAAGAUCUGUUAUUUGUAGGAUGGACUCCUAUAGUUUGUGCCAUGGUGAUAUCAAGUCUUGCUGGAGUGGUCUUGGAACAGUAUGUUGAAAAAUACAAAGGUGUAGCACUAUUGACACCAGUAUUGAUUGGUGUAGCAGGCAAUUUGGGAUCAAUCUAUGCUUCACGUAUUAGUACAAGCUUACAUCAGGACACCUAUGAAAAUUAUGCGUCAGUAGAAUGGGUUUUAUUCCUUAUGAAUUUUCCAGUUCAAUGUGUAUUCUUACUUAUCAUUUGGGGAUUUGAUAUGGGACAAUUGGAUUACAAUUUUUGGUUCUUCUUGACUUAUAUCUUGGUAUCACUUAUUUGUACUUUUAUAUGCCUCAAGAUUGGAAAAUGGAUGACAUUAGGGUUUUGGAAAAUGGGAUAUGAUCCUGAUAACUAUGUGAUUCCUUAUCUAACGGCAAUGAUAGACGUUUUUGGAACUGUAUUGCUUGUAACAACCUUCUCUUUAUUAACAAGUUCUGGUGCUAACGAUAUGACAAGCCCUGGCAAUGCUCAAAUCGCCAACAUCGGAUGAUGGUCAAGCACAGUUAAUGAUUCCCCACUUUAUUAUUAUUAUUCCAUUCUAUUCAACUUACAUUUUGUGCAUUCUUUUUUUUUUUUUUU